AUGGACCCACACUAUCUAAGAGACCCGAGCCCGAACCAACAGUCACUCUCUCCAGGCCAGGAUGCGAAGACACUCAAAACGGCAACACCCGAUGAAGCAGAUACACAAGACACCCCUCAGCCAGCUGUACCAUCUUGGAUAAAAGAUGAGCUUUCCUUCGCGGAACAACGGGCCCGGCAGCUUCACCUGGCCAUUUGGAGGAGAAACCUCAAGGUAGUAGCCGGCUUCUUGGAGGGCCGUGUUGAUCCAAGCAAAAAGCCACCAUUCAGCAGAGAUCUUUUAUUUGUGGCCGCCCAGCGGGCAGAUGCUUCCAUGGUCAAGCUUUUACUAGACAACGGCAAGAACAUAGAUAUACACCAGCUUGAUGCAGAUAACAACGCUCUCGCCGUGGCUUGUUUCCACGGAAAACUCCCUAUAGUCAAACUCCUUAUUGACCGCGGCGCUGAUGUUGAUCUACAGUACACUGCUGGGAGUUGGGGUAGUGCCUUAGCAGCUGCCAUAUUUCAAAGGAAUACGGAUACGAUCCAGUUUCUCCUUGACUCUGGAGCUGAUCCCGACUUGCCUCUUCUGACGGGGCGAUAUGGCAAUGCUCUCACUAUUGCAGUGGUUGUCGGUGACUUGAAAAUAGUGGAGGCUUUGCUUGCAGUUGAGGCAGAUGUAAACAUGGUACUUCAAUAUGGUGAACAUGGCAGCGCCCUCGCUGCAGCUUGCUCAUGUGAAAACGAAGCCAUGGUAAAGCUGCUGCUGCAAAAAGGAGCUAACCCUGAUGAGCCCCUCUGUGAUCCCAGUGGGUAUCUCUUCCCAUUAUUGAUAGCGGCGCAUCAAGGAAACGUUCCGAUCUACACCCUUUUACUGAGCUAUGGGGCUACUUCGACUUCAUUUGCAAGCUUUUUACUGUCGAGGCAUGUCUCUGACACCGAAGAGGAUCCCAGAUCUUAUCAGAGCCUUGAAAAGAUUGGGAUUAAAACUGCUGAACUUAUUCCAAAUUAUAGUGAAGUCGAGUUUACAUGCGAGCUAUCGUUCAUGGCUCUACCAGCAUCCGAUAUACGCAGUUGGCUAUCAAAUAUAGUUAUGCUAGCCAGAAAGCAGGAUAGUGUGCAGCUCACUACUGUGAAGGACUAUUUGACUGUCCCGGAUAGCUUGGUCUUAGAUAUGAUUGUGAAAGUAUUGGAAAACAAGAAGCAUUUAUACGGUCAGUACAUUUACUUAUACCCAUUACAUAGCCAAUGUUGA